UCUUGCCGACGAGGAUGCAAUUAUACAUUGUCCCUCGCUUCAAACAACGUUACAUUUUCUUUUGCCCUGAUACUACUUCAAUUAUCUCUACGCUCGAUUUUUUAAGAGUUUCUGAUAUUUUAGUCAUUUUAUGGCCAACUGAAACAACAAAUUUAAAUAUUGCGCAUAGUCGCUUAUUGGAUGUUAUUACUGCGCAUGGAUUCCCACCAACAUUUAAUCUGGUUUCAACACUUCCUGCUUCUGGAAAACAACGUGAUUCAACACGAAAAGCGCUUGAGAAGCUUAUGGCGCCUUGGGCAAAAGACUCUCGAAUCUACGAUUUACAAGGUGGCAGUCCUCUUCAAAUUCUUCGACAAAUUUCUACUACACGCAAAGUCCGCUCGAAUCUACAAAAAUUAAGGCCUUACUUAAUUACUGAAAAUGUUCAAAUAAUUAAAACUGAAGACAAUUCAGAUUCUUUCUCCCUUCUCAUUUCUGGUUAUUUAAAUGGUGCUCCUUUAAAUGUUAAUGGGCUGGUUCACAUUUCUGGUUGUGGUGAUUUCCAAUUGAGUCAAGUUGUAUUUGAGAAUGAUCCGCAUCCAUUAAAACAAUCCAAGGCAGAAUCAAUGGAAAUACUCAGAGCUAUUAAAGCCGACCCUUUAAAGCAAACACAGCUUGAUAGUGAGAUUAUUCAGGAUCCAAUGAAUAUUGAUCAACCGGAGAUGGAUGAAAAUGAAGAAAAAUACGCAGUUCCGAAGGUAAAGCUUCCAGAAGGGACUUCAGAGUACCAGGCUAGCUGGUUAAUUGAUGAUGAUUAUGAAGAGGAUGAUGAUGAGGAGGAAGAGUCUGAUGAGUGUGAUUCUGUUGAAGACGAAGACAAUGGAAACGACUUGCAUGGAACGGAAAAUGGUUUCUGUGCACAGAUGGAGGAUGAAAAUUUUUCUCAAAAUGGAGGUGAUUCUCAUUCUGUCGUUGAGAGUGCCACAAUGGACGAAUCAAUUGAUCUGAACGACAUUGAUAUUAAUGAUGAUCAUCAGAAAGAGUUAUUUAAAAAGGAACGUGAAAAUCGUCAAUGGCCUGAUGAGGUCGAAGCACCUGAGGGAAUGAAUGCACGUGAUAGGUUUAAACGUUAUCGAGGACUGAAAAGUUUUAGAACAAGUCCGUGGGAUCCAAAAGAGAAUUUAACAAAAGAUUAUGCACGGAUCUAUAAAAUUGUAAAUUUCAAAAGAACGAGGAAACUUGCGCUUGAGGCAGCAAAACAAUCGUUUCAGGCAGCUGAUGAGGGUGACGAACAGUUUUGUACUCCUGGUGCUUACAUUACAUUGUGUGUCAAAGAUGUGCCUAGUUCAUACGAAAACCAUAUUUCUUCCACACAUUCUCCUUUAAUUGUUUUUGGUCUACUCAAAAAUGAACAUAGAAUGUCCACCUUAAAUAUGAUUUUACAUCGAUAUCCAUCAUUCAAUAAGCCUGUCAAGAAUAAGGAAGAAUUACUCUUUCAAGUUGGAUGUCGUCUUUUUACUGCAAAUCCUGUAUUUUCACAACAUACAAAUGGAAAGAAGUUUAAGAUGGAACGUUUUAUGCCUUCAUCUGGAGCAUUUUGUGCUACUGUUUUUGCCCCAAUCACCUUUCCACCCUCAAAUGUUUUAGUUUUCCGGCAAUGUUCCCCUGAAAAACUUCAAUUAAUAGCAAAAGGAAUUGUUCUUGAUUCAAAUCCUGACAGAAUUAUUCUCAAACGUGUCCGGCUCUCCGGGCAUCCAUUUAAAGUAAAUAAAAGGACAGCGGUUGUGAGGUAUAUGUUCUUUAAUAGAGAGGAUAUAGAGUGGUUUAAACCCGUUGAGUUAUACACACAUAGUGGAAGGCAUGGACGUAUUAAACAACCAUUAGGUACUCAUGGCUUGAUGAAAUGUGUUUUUGAUCGUCCAUUGAGUGUGCAAGACUCAGUUUUAAUGAAUUUAUACAAAAGAGUUUUUCCAAAGUGGACAUAUAAUGCCGAAACUAGAGGAAAACAAUUUUGCAUUUCUGAUGAAGCAGAUGAUACAUUAGAAGAAGAAUGGUCAGGAAAGAAGGACAAAAAAAUGGAAACUAUGCAACACGCUCGCUCUAGAGCAAUUGUUUUGCAGGAUUUUGAAAGUUUACUGAAUGAUCUAAACUCACGGAAGGAUAAAUUUAUUGGGAAUAAUUAUGUCAAAUGUCAGGGUGGUUCGGAUAAUACUUUUGAUAACAUUUCAUUCGACUUAUCUGGUGAUAAGCUGACAGAUUCAAUAACUACAAUUUUUUCAGACAUUCUUAUUUCUGCUAAUAAUUUAAUUCAAACGUCCCAGGAAUUAUUUGAAUCAAUUUCUAUGUAUGAUGAAGAUAAUGAGGGUAGUUCGGUUCUCGAAACAAUUGUUGAGUUUUUACCAUUUUUACAAAAGCUUGAGCAGUUUGUCUAUACAACGAGUGAAUUAACUAAAAAUUUACUACUUCAAAUCCAUGGAUUUUUAACUUUUGGUCGAAAUGAAAUCAAAAAUCAUCGGGCAGAUCAAUUGCCACUAACAAGGAUGUGGAGAACACUUGGCGACCUUUUAUCAACAUUUGCUGUUCUUGAUGCUUUGAUUUUAUCACAUCCUUUCCUUCGUGAACAUUGGGCUGUUUUAUUACGUUCUGUUCGUUUGGUGCAAUUUAAUCCAGCUCAAUUUGAUUUGGAAGGACUUUCUACUGGUCGUUUACAACACUUAAAUGCUUUAAUUGAAAGGCUAGAUUUAGUUUUAAUGAAUGGAAAGAUUUUAACGAAUACUUGUAUUAAACUUACACGAUUCGACCAACUUUCGUCAGAUCGUCAAUUUAUGGAACGUUUUCGUCUAGCAAUAAUGCAAAUGUUAACUAAUUGGGAAAAACAUAUAAAUUCUUCAGAAAAUGCAAUUCCCGAUAAAAAGAGGCUUAUUUGUUUAUUAACAUUAUCCAAAUUAUUUCAUCAUUUAUUACCUGAACGACAAAAACCUGACAAAAAAAUUAUUUCAAAAUUAUUGGGAAUAAACAAAAAUUUAAUUUCUUUCCAUUUAUUUGCUGAUUUGUUGUUUAUACCUUUUGAUUUUAUUUUAAAAGAAAUACUUGGCGCUAGUAAAGUUGUGGACAAAAAAGUUUCUUCUACAAUAGAAAUUGCAAAAGGAUGUCAAUUAAACAAACUUUUGGAAAAUCUUUACAAAUAUGUUCAAACAUUUUCACUAAAUUUAAAUGAUUGGCAAAAGAGAAUGCAAGAAGAAGAGAAGGGAUCCACUCCUGAUUAUUUAAAAUUUUGUGAUUUAUUUAUUGAAGGUAUUCAUAUGGGAGAAAAGUUGAAUAGAUUACUUAAAUAUAUUUUAAAUAUUCAUUUGGCUGAACAAAAACCAAUUUCGAAAGCUAAUGUUAGGCUAAUAUUUGUGCUUAUUCAAUUUGUUAAGACCAUUUCAAAUACUUUUACCUCUAAUUGGAAUUCUAUACUCGAAGCAAUUAAUUAUGGUUGUGUUCAUCUUUCUGCUUCUAUUCUUUCAAUUUUACAAUCAAUUAUUCAAUCAAAUGGAGAAUCCAAACAGCCAUUCUUUGCUAAUUCAAUUUUAAAUUCUGCUAUUUCAUUGAGUCAACCAGUUGGUAGAAAGGCAUUAAUUGUUGCUGGAGUGUCUUUGGAAUUGGCAAAUUAUCAAAAAACGUUGCGAGGAAAUGACGUCCAAAUAGACGAAACACUGAAAAAACUCGAUAUUCUCUGCAAUUUUGGUCAUGUACUUUCAAAUUCUACUGAUCUUUCCUUUUUGUAUUGGCAUCGACUUUCACUUAUGCAAGCUUUUUGUGAAGAUUUAAUUCAGGAACAAAUAACUGAUUUUUCGAAUGAAGAUUUACCUAGAACUAUAACUGACUUUUUCAGUGCAAUUAAUGAAUGUGGCCGUUUAAUAAUUUCUGUCAAACAUUGUGAUCAACAAACUUUUCUUCAAACAUUUAGCAAUGAAUUGUUUUUAAUUAUUACAAAUAAUUUUCUUUCAAAACUUUGUACCGAAAUUGAAAAUGAUCUUAGACUUUCUUAUCAUCAACAACAAAGUUCUUCUUUUGAACAAUUAGAAAAAGUGUUUUCCACACAAAAUCCUUUACAACAAGAAGAGAAACCUUUAAAUAAACUUUUAUUAAAUUUACUUCAAAUUCCUAAGAUUAAACUUGGAAAUAGAAUAAUUGUUGUUUUUGAUUAUGUCACAAAUUAUUUAUCCUCUACAUUUUAUAAUUUUUCUGUUAUUGCUUUACACGAUUCUGAAGCUUAUAAUCGAAUGAGAAUUUUAGCUAAACAUAGAUACGGGUUGAAUUUGGAAGAUUAUCAAUUACCAACUAGAUGUGUUGAUCAAGGUCUAGAUUUAAUUACUUUAAUGAGUGAAGAGAAAAUGAGUAAAUUUUUGGAGGAUUAUUGCUAUGAUUUAGAUGAACAGAUAAAUACUUCAUAUAAAUAUAUGCGUUCUCAAUUUCAACUGCUUUCUCGCUGCCUUUCUGAUGAAAAACUUAAAUCAACAUUAAUUCGUGAAAUUUGUUUUUAUCGAGAUUCAAUUGACCAAUUAGAACAAAUGUAUCCAAUGGAAAGAGCUGAGAAAAUGACAAAUAGUUUAAAACGUUAUUGCCAUAAAAUUGGUGGUGGACCUUCUUUAAAUAUUGUUGAAAGAUUAAGGAUUUUGAUAGUAAGAAUAGGAAAUAUGAUUGGCCUUUUACGCAUGUUUCGUUCGGGGAUUUUGGAAACUUUUGCACCAAAUAUAACCUUUGGAUUUAAGCAUAAAGAAUCAAUGUCUGAUUUAAUAAAUAAUUUUGACAAAAAUUCAAUUCAAAAUAAUUGUGCAAAAUUGUGUGAUAAAAUAUCUUCAAAUAUUACUGGUUAUUUAACUUCAAAUAAUGAUUCUAUUGAGCUUUUAACUUCAAUGUUUGCCAAAGAAUUUCGAGGAAAUAAUAAAUUUGCUCAUUUAAGAGAUUUUUUUAUUUUAAUUCCAACACUUAUGAUUGUCCAAAUUGAAUAUAUUUCUAAAUGUAGAGCUCGUUUAAGUAACAAAAAGAUGUCAUUGAAUGAAGAUUUGGCUGUUGCUGGAAGUUUUAAUGAACAAUUUAUUUUUGUUGAAGAUGGAUUUAGUAUUGGUAUUGCCUAUGUGCUUACUUUACUUAAUCAACAAUUCUUUUUCAAUUCACUUAAUUGGUUUGACUCUGUAUUUAACAAAAUUCAUUCUGAAGUAAUUAAAUGCAAAAAUGAACAGAAAUUAGCUUUAAAAGCAAAAGAUGAAUCUUUGGCAAGACUUUUAGCACUCAAACAAAGCCAACUUAAUGAACAAUUGGAAGAAUUCAAACGUUUAAUGUAUUCAUUAAAUUCUGCCCUUACAUUUUUGCAAGCAAAUGAAGUUUGUGAUGAAAAUAUUGAAGAGACGUAUUUAGAUGAUUUUUAG